AUGGCGUCCAAGGUCAUUGUCCUCGGCGACGUCAAUGGGCAAUUACAGGCCGUUUUCAAGAAGAUCUCGACUCUGCAUGAGAAGAACAAGUUCUCCCUUGCUAUUGUUGCGGGCAACUUAUUCUCUGGAGAUGACGACUCCGUCUCCGACCUCCUGGCUGACAAUAUCUCUAUUCCACUCCCGACUUACUUUACCGUUGGCACAACCCCUCUACCUCAGCGGAUCAUUGACAAAAUCGAGAAAGAUGAGGAGAUUUGUCCCAACCUCCACUUUCUUGGAAAGCGAAGCACGACCAAAACUUCCGAGGGCAUCAAGAUUGUUACACUCGGUGGCAGACUCGACGAGACAAUAGUUGGAGGCCUGUCAAAAGAACAAUAUCUCCCGUUCCAUACAGUUGGCGAUGCCAAAGCUCUGCAUGGUGCGAAUUCGGCCGACAUUCUACUCACUACCACAUGGCCAGCCUCCAUCAGGAAUGGCUCGAAGAUCCCAUUGGCGGAGGGCGUAAUGCUUCCUAUAGGACAGGAGCAUAUCGCCGAUCUUUGUGCUGCCCUUAGGCCCCGGUACCACUUCUCAUCAUCCCUGGACAGCUUUUUCGAAAGAGAGCCCUUCUUUCACAGUCCUACAGCGGACACACCUGAUGUCAAGCCAGUCACUCGAUUUAUCUCUCUCGCAGCCCACGGCAACUCGAAAAAGCAAAAGUCUCUCUAUGCAUUCUCCCUUCCAUCUUCUGUUGACACUACGGCGCCACUGCCUACAGGUACCACAAUAUCUCCACUUCUCCGACCCAAAAAGCGACCAACUCUCGACCCUGAGCCUUAUUCCAGGUAUGGGAACCACGACGGGUAUCGAAAUAAACGAGGCAAAGGACAUCGAGGCCAGAGGCAACCUCCACCGGGUCCCGGAGAGUGCUUCUUCUGCCUUUCUAAUCCGAAUCUAGCGACACAUCUUAUCUCUUCGAUUGGCGAUGACGCCUAUCUCACGAUUGCUAAAGGCCCACUAACCACAUCUACAACAUAUUCUCAGCUUGGCGUUGACUUUCCCGCUCACGCCCUCAUUAUCCCCCUGACACACUCACCCACUCUCGCACUUAUCACCGAAGAAGACAACGCCAGGGAGAAGACCUUCGUCGAAAUGACCAGGUUCAAGAAAGCCCUGCAAGAAAUGGUCGCCGAGCGCAGCAACAACAAAUUAGGCGCAGUCACAUACGAGAUCAGCAAAGCCAACGGUGUUCACACUCACUGGCAAUUCAUUCCCAUGCCCCAGGAGACGAUCAGCAAAGACUUGGUCGAAGCUGCGUUCCGCGUUGAAGCCGAAAAUCUAUCUUAUCCCCCCUUCCAGACUCGAGAUCCCGGCAUCGGUAAAGACGACGGCGAUUUCUUCCGGGUCUGGAUCUGGACGCCGCCGAGCGAGGAGAAGAGCGAGGGUAGCACCAAAUGUCUAACCAUGCCCUUCGAUGAUAGCUUGCGAUUCUCGCUCCAAUUCGGCAGAAUCGUGUUGGCGAAGUUGUUGCAGCUUGAGAAGAGAACCCAGUGGAGGGAUUGUGCGCAGUCGGAGGAGGAAGAGAAGAAAGAUAUCGAGGCAUUCAAGGCGGCGUUUAAGGAGUUUGAUUUUACGCUUUAGGAUAGGGGAGGUUGGAUACCCAAAAGUCAUGGUGGACGCAUUUACGGAGUUUGGGGGAGCGGCAUAUGAAGUUCAGAAUAUCAUUGCGGUCUUGAGGACUGGUACGGCCGCAUGCAUUAGAUUUACAAGCUCAGCGCGCAUAUUUGCUGGACGAAAGCUUCGUUCGGUAAAUUAACAGUGUUAUCUUACAUUUCCUUUGCUUCGAUUGCUACUUAUUGUGAGUUGGCCAAGGAGUUUGCUCUACCUUCAAUUCAGGAAGUCUUCCCGGUGCCGGUGUUCAAACCCCCCAAUGUUCCAGGAGGACGUAACACAUUACAUCGCGCCUAUACCUAGAAAUUAAGAAGAGAGCUGGGUGAGAAGACCAUGCUGUUUGUGUUCUACAAGAUAAUGUUGGUACAUUGAUCCACACAUCCGACAUCACAAACUCAGCCUUACCUUCACCUUCACAUCUGCUU